UGAGCUGAAUGCAAUCCACCCUUUACAACACGAAGAAGAAAUAGGGCCGUAUGAUGUGACAGUCCAGCAGGAACCUGUCUACAGUGUGUCUAUUUUAUAACAAGCUGUCUGUGAUCAUUGUAUCGCUCUGUAGCUAGUUUAUCAUCCUUUUUACAAUAGCCAAAUGAACCGUCCGUUAACGUCAGAGAACAUUAGUUGAUACUCUCUCAUACAGAAAUGGCAGACGAUGAAAUAGACUACAAUAUCGUGUUUCCAGAUGCGGGGACAUCGGAGAGACACUGGCAGGGGACAAAGGAGCCAGUUGUGAUCCUGUUGGGCUGGGCUGGCUGCAAAGACAAACACCUUUCCAAAUACAGCUCCAUCUACAAUGAACAGGGAUGUGUCACCAUCCGCUACACGGCCCCCCUGAAGACGGUCUUCAUCUCAGAGUCGUUUGGCUACAAGGAGCUGAGCAGCACGGCCCUCAAGUUGCUGGAGAUCCUCUAUGAUUAUGAGGUGGAAAACAGUCCUAUUUUCUUUCACAUAUUCAGUAACGGUGGCUUCAUGCUGUACCGUUACAUCAUAGAUUUGUUGAACAAUGAUAAACAGUUCAGUUCAUUGCGUGUGAUUGGGGCCUUAGUGGACAGUGCCCCAGGUAGUGGGAAUGUUCGCGGGGCCCUGCGUGCACUGGGGGCCACCCUUGGGCCCAAAAUAACUCCCGUUUUAAGGUAUGUCCUCUUAGCCCUUUUUGCAGUGACUGUUUUUCUUUUGCGAGUCGUGCUGUAUCCGUUGACCAAGUACAUCCACAAGAACCACUACGACGCAGUGCAGGAGAGUCCGCCGGUCUGGCCUCAUUUCUACCUGUACUCCAAAGCCGACCAGGUUAUCCGGCACAAGGACAUCCAGGUGUUUGUGGAGACCCUGAAGCAGAAAGGGGUCCCUGUGGACAGUUUUGAUUUUGUUUCCAGUCCCCAUGUCGGUCAUUUGCGGGAAUUUCCAGAGCAGUAUGCACUUAAGUGCCGUGAAUUCCUGGUUUCUUGCAUGAAGGACUUGGAGGGGACUGACAAACAGAAGAGACAGAGGAUUCCGGAUCAAUAAAACUCGGGAGAGAAGAUUUUGCUAACCCUCUGUUAUUCACAUAACUUGGUUUUUCAAAGUGGUCUGAAAAAUCAGUUUAAUUAAGGCAGGAGGUUUUUGCAGAACGGCUUGAAUUUGACCAGAAAAUCUUGCUGAUAUUUUCCGUCUUCAGGCACAUAAUGGUAAAAUCCCACUGAUGUGGUCUAGGUACACUAAUCCAUGUCUAGAAAAAACGUCAGCUGUAUGAAUCACAAUAUUAAUAACUGUGUGGGAAAUGUUUGCAACAUUCAUAACACAUAUGUAAAAUAACAAUACAAGCAAUUUCUUUACACUGGAAUUGUAAAUCCCUUAGGAUGAUUUAAAUGGUAUUUAAUAUUGCCGUGAAAUGUGAUGCAUUGUAUAUUAGAAGUAGUGUGUCUAAAACUGAGGCUGGGUAUUGGAUACUAAUAGUUAGUAUCUUCUAUUUAUAACAUUUACAAUGUGUUUAUGGUUGUAAUCCAACAAGUGUCAUUGAAAUAAGAUCACAAGGGCGCUAUGAUUAAGGCAACAGUAAGAAAUUAAUGUUUUUUUAUUUCAAAUAAAAAAGUCUAAUUUGUUGCCUUAAUCAGCAAAUGCCUUUUGUCCAGCAAUUGUAGAAUACCCAGCUCUAAGGAAACGGUGAUUGACAAUGAAUGUAUAUGUUCAGCACAGCUACUGUGUUCUUAAUUAACAGAUGUGCCUUCAAUAAACUAGAAUGCUCAUAGAAAA